AUGACACUCACCAAGUCAACACCCUCUCUUUCAAGAGCGAGUCUCGCAACUGGGAUAGCUGUAGAGGUAGACGAAAUAGUUCCAACUGUUUUCACGCCCAUCAAGAUUCGAGGAUUAGAACUCCAGAACCGCUUCGUCGUCUCGCCCAUGGGCACUUGGAGUGCGCAGGACGGCCACCUGACAGAUUUCCAUCUGGUGCACCUCGGCGCAUUCGCCUUCCGAGGCGCUGCCCUGACCGUCGUCGAGUCCACCGCAGUGGCUGCAAACGGCCGCACCUCACCUCAGGACUCUGGCCUGUGGCAGGACAGUCAAGUGGCACCUCUGAAACUUGUGGCAGACUUUGUCCAUGCUCAAGGACAGAAGAUUGGUAUACAACUCAACCACGCUGGUGUCAAGGCAGGCAUGGUAGCACCGAGAUUUCUGCCGAAGGGAGAGUUGAAGGUGGCUACUGAGCAGGAAGGAGGGUGGCCAGAGGAUGUGUGGGGACCUAGUACAAUUCCUUACACCGAGGCGCAUAUCACGCCGAAGGCCUUGACUAUCAAAGGAAUCGAGACUUUGAUCCAGAAUUUCGCGGAUGCUGCACGCAGGGCUGUUGAGGCUGGUCUUGACUUUAUCGAGAUUCAUGGAGCUCAUGGCUACCUCAUCAAUCAAUUCCUAUCACCCUUGACAAAUCAGCGCACAGAUGAAUACGGCGGCAGCUUUGAGAACCGCGUUCGCUUCGUCGUUCGCGUCAUCGAGGCCAUUCGGAAAGUCAUUCCCGACACUGUCCCGCUGUCGCUGCGCAUCUCCGCAAUCGAGUGGAUGGAAUGGAGUGGAAAGCCCUCUUGGGACCUUGACCAGUCCAUAAGGCUGGCUAAACCGCUGCCCGGGCUUGGUGUCGACAUUUUGGACGUAUCGUCAGGCGGCAACCACAAAGAUCAGAAGAUCGAUAUUCAUCCCACCUACCAGCUCGAUCUUGCCAACACCAUCCAGACUGCCCUGAAGAAAGAUGGCGUUGAUUUGCUUAUUGCUGCUGUAGGGCUUAUCAACAGCCCGCAAAUCGCGCGGGAUGUAGUGCAGGUCGACAAGGCGGAUGGUGUACGGGCAGAUCUGGUGUUCGUGGGGAGACAGUUUCUAAAGGAGCCCGAGUUUCUUCUAAAGAGCGCUCAGGAAUUGGGUGUCAAGAUCCAGUGGCCUUAUCAGUACGAAAUGAUCCGAUCGAAUACUCACUGGAGACGUUCUUAG